AUGGAUGAAGAGGUUGCUGAAACAUCUUGUGGACAAAACAUCAACAAUCAGCAGUGUCAGCUGACUAGUCCCUGGCUGGGUCUAUGGUCUGACCAAGCUGGUGCACCUCUGAAAGAUGUUGAGGAAAUAUAUGUCAGCACAGCAGAGGUUCCAAUAUCAGAUACCAGCACAGCAGAGGUCCCAAUAUCAGAUGCCAGCACUACAGAGGUUCCAAUAUCAGAUGUCAGCACAGCAGUAGUCCCAAUAUCAGAUGCCAGCACAGCAGAGGUCCCAAUAUCAGAUGCCAGCACAGCAGAGGUUCCAAUAUCAGAUACCAGCACAGCAGAGGUCCCAAUAUCAGAUGCCAGCACAGCAGUAGUUCCAAUAUCAGAUGCCAGCACAGCAGAGGUUCCAAUAUCAGAUGCCAGCACAACAGAGGUCCCAAUAUCAGAUACCAGCACAGCAGAGAGGUUCCAAUAUCAGAUGCCAGCACAACAGAGGUCCCAAUAUCAGAUGUCAGCACAGCAGAGGUCCCAAUAUCAGAUGCCAGCACAACAGAGGUCCCAAUAUCAGAUACCAGCACAGCAGAGGUCCCAAUAUCAGAUACCAGCACAACAGAGGUCCCAAUAUCAGAUGCCAGAACAGCAGAGGUCCCAAUAUCAGACGCCAGCACAGCAGAGGUCCCAAUAUCAUUUGCCAGCACAGCAGUAG